AUGAUAUUAUUUAUCCCGGAGCAUUUCUGGGUGUCAAUAAUAAAGUUUUAUGUGGACUAUCAUUUCCUAAUUGGAAAUACAAAAGUUAUUGGACUUAGGUGGAAAUUCUUUAAACGGUUGUCACUUUCAUAUAAGACCUGGAUGUUGUUUGUGAUGUCGAUAGCUUUGUUAAUAAAAAUGCCCGAAGCUUAUGCUUUAAAUGUUACUGUGAAAAGUACCAUGAUGUCAUUGACAUCGUCUUAUGAUGAUUCCGCUGCUGUGGGUGAAAGUCUGCCUACGGCUAAUGUUGUCAACUCAAUGAAAGGAAAGAAGCCAAUUUCCAUACCGGAAAAUGAGGUCAUAACGACUGAAGACACUGAAGAUUAUUUAGAAGAAGAUUCGGAAGAAGACUACAAUGACUUGAUGAGAAAAGACAACAUGACAGGAAAUGGGAUGCUUGUUGGAAGCAAAUGUGAAUUCACGUGUGACAAGCGUCUUCAUCACGUGUUUUGUAAUCCCAUUUCUAACAAAUGUGAAUGUGAAAAGAAUUAUCCAGUUAAGAUAGGUCCUCGGAAAGGCUGUGCAAAACCCAAGAAACUCGGCGAACAAUGCUUUUACGAUCUAACGUGUCUUUAUAACGAUGAGAAUUCCGUUUGUAUGCAAAUAAAUCACAAUGCGAUUUGUCAAUGUAAGGAGAAUUUUCAUGUUGUAACACAUUCAAAGCCUACAAGGCGCACCUUUUGUACGCAAGAAAAGAAAACUCAUUUGAGUUGCAAACAACAACAUAUUGUGUGGGGGAGGGUUGAAGAAGAUUUUGCAAGCUUGAUUAAUGAUAAACAUAAAAUUUCAGAUUUAUCAGUAAUCGCAUCAGAUUUGCCAACUCUCUUGGGUGUCACAACUGGUAUUGCUGUGCUUGCUGGUUUAAUUUGUAUGGUUUUGCAUUUAUUCAGUAAAACGAAAUAUCCGCGAACACGUCAUUUUGCUGAUGCACAUUCAGGACCGCCAGUGAUGUUUGCGAGAAUUCCUUUGACAAUACAAUCCAAUCGGCCAUCAUCACGAUCCAGUCAACGAUCGUCAGGUUCAAUUGGUUCAUAUGCACGUCGAUCAUCAGGUGCACUUCAUUCGAAAGGAGUUCAAAUGUCACAAUCUCGACAAGGUGCGGCUCGAUCAGCUGCCAUAUUGCUAUACUCAUAUCAUUUAAAUGCUCUGAAAGAUCAAACAUCAUCUUCCCAAUAUAUUAAACCAUGUCUUUCCAAUGAACUCAUGGCCAAGUACAUUGAACAACAGUUGGAAGAUCAAAAAAAAUUACUCUAUUUAGAUAUUCCAGCAUUGCGCAAUCAUAAAAGUCUCAUGCAAAAAUUAGGAUUAAAUCCCCGUUCUGAAAUUGAUCUUACACAAUUAGAAUCGCAAGCGAUAAGCGAAAGUCCAUUGCACAAGAAAUUAAAGCGGAGUUUAUUUAAACAAUUAGCUCCGAUAGUGAGAAAAGAUGUCACCGAGGCUGAUGCGGAUGAGAGAUCAGGUGUAGAUGGUAUAUUUGUUAAUAAGAGCACGGAGUCUGGUUGUUUAAAUGGCAGUCGAAGACCUAGCAUAGCCAGUGUCCACAGUACAACCUCAUCAAUUCGCAGUUACUCAAGUCGUCGAUUUGAGCAAGAGCUUCGUGACAAAGAACUGAGGCAAGAGAUGAAGAAACAAUUAUGUCGACUUCAGGAACAGCAGCAAUUACAAAAACUCAGACCAACGAUAAUUAUUGGUGACGCUUCCAUACCAUUCACAGUCUCAAAGCAAAUUCAGAUGCCAUCGACAAGUCCACACAUUUUAACGCCGAAUUCCACUGAUGAACUUUUACCAUCAGUUGAAGAAAAUGACGAAUUUUCACCUCAAUUUGAUCGAAAAAAUCAACCAUGAUGACGAACUGAUUGUUGGCUUACGGACCCAUUCAACUAAUAAUAUAAUUAAUAAUUACUAACUGAUAUUUGCUACAAUUUUCACUUGUCAAACAGAAAGAAUUCUUUCAAUCUGUAAUCGAAGAUAGUAUUAUAAAGUAUCUUGUUAAAUGUUGAUAAUUUUUAAGUAGACAUUAGGAAAAUACUUUUGGGAAACCAAAAUAGUGCAAGGAAAUAAAUUUUCCAAACUAAAAUUGACAUAGCCAGCAUCUUGCAUGGAUGGAUGAGCGGAAUUUUUGCCAAGCCUUAUCAGUAGCUUUUACUGUUAUCUUAAACGUAACUAGAUGAACCUGUCUUGACUAAAUAUUUAUUUCUAUGUUCAACUGAUUGGGAAAAAGAAGAAAAAUGUUAAUUGAAUGGAAAGAAAAUGUUUGUUUCAAAGUGUAAAACAGAAGAAAAAAUUAAAUCAUGUUAAAGUUUUCAAUGCGUUUCUGCUGAUUAAAAAAUACUUCACGACAGGAAAGCAGAAAAGCGGCGUUUGUUUGUUUUGUAGAUUUGCCAAGAUAAGCAAAAGAUUAGGGACAAAAUAUACAUAAUGUUGUAUCAGCAUUGAUAAAUAUUUGUUGUCAAAAACAUAAAAAAUAAAAAAAUGUUUAAACGGAAAGAAAUCAGAAAAAAACAUAAAAAUUUGUAUCGUGACUUGAAGACAAAUGCUCAGUUUGAAAUAAAGAAUAAAGAAGAACAAAACUAGGA